AUGGAGUGGAAAGGAAAAUAAUUAGGCACUAUUGCUAUAGAAGAAACUGAUGAAAAUAUAGUCUUAAUAGUAGAUGAUGGAGUCUUUAAUAUUUUCGCUUUAAGUAAUGCUAUUAAAAUAGUAUAUCCCAAUGUUAAAAUCGUGGAAGCGUAGAAUGGGUAAUAGGCCAUUGAAAAAGUACAUAAAUAUAAUGGAUAAGGUUAUAAAGAAUUUUAUACCGAUUAUUGCUCAUACAGCAUUUGA